AUGUCGGGGGACCAGCCCUCUCGCGUCGCGGAUGAUGAAAUAAACCAACCCAAGUUCGCCAACCAACAGAAAUAUAACUCGGAGCAAAUCUCGAUCGACCAACGACUAAAGCGACUCAGGGAAGAAGUUCUCCCGUUUUACCCUUUCCUCCUCACUGUUCCUACUGAUGUCCCUUUCCGCCUCGGGGGUCGCUUUGUCAACAACUGGGCAGUGAGUAAUGACGGGCCAUUCACGCCGGAGGAGCAACAGUUACAGUAUAUGACAUUCCUCACGCAUCACGAAGGAGAUUCCUUGCUAGUGGCUGUGGGUGAUUGGUCUGACGCGACAGGGAACGUCAUGUCCGAUCAGCGUCCUGGGGCCCAAAGUGCUGCAAGCACGCGAUCAAACAACUCUGUAAAGAAGAAGAUAAGUUUAAAUGACUAUAGGAAUAAAAGGAAGAGCGGCGCCUCCGCUUCCCCUGUCAGUCAUGAAAUCACUAACCAAAGCGCCUCGGUACUUCUCUCUCCCGAUUUGAACCAGCGAGCUGCUAAACCUAGCCUUGCUGGCAAUGACUUGCAGAGGCCAGUGGAAAAGCCUCAGUUGCAACAAAAGGGCGCAAUGCCCCCCAAGAAGCCAAGAACAUCCCCCGACCCUUUGAAGGCCGACCGUCUGAAGGGGAACGGACUUCCUGCUCUUCUCUCACCGACCCUUCCUCCAACUUCAAGCAGCCCAAGACUACCUCGGCUAUUGUCACCCACGCUUCCUCCAGACAUCGAGAAGGAAUUGGCCAGAUUUGGCGAGGAGUUCUUGGGCUUGGGUUCAUCGCAACCUGGUGGCGUCUCCAGUGUCGAUGUAUCCAAACAUCCCCACCAUGGAAAUGACAAACGCCCGCCCUCAAGUUCGGACUUAUCGACUAUCGACGCCUCUCUGGCCACAAAAGGAGAAUUACAUUCCCAUACGGGACAUGCGACACAACGAUCAAUCGGUUCACCGCCGGCUCAGCCGACUGCUUCGGCUAGGCCGCAACUAGUGAAAUUAAAAUAUGGAAGAUCGAACAGAAAGCGAAUCGAGGCACUCCUUAAGUUUUCCGGUAAGAGGAAAUCGGCCCCGCCAAGUUCACCCGUGAAGAAUCCGCUAGAUAUCGAGUCCACCCACGCCUCGAAAGCUAGGCAAGCCGCGGCGAAGGCGCCUUCAUCUGACCGUCAGGAUCACAGCAAGUCACAGCGCUUGGACUGGAAAGGGAAACAUAUUUCGGCAACAUCCACCUUAAGAGAGCACUUGAAUGCUCCAGAAAAACCACAAACCCCCUUGCCUAUUAUUUCGAAUCCAAUAGUAAACCCACAAGACAGAUUGAAACCGAGUUCGUUGACACCGCUGAAAGACUUGAAGUCUUCUACCAACCGAUUGGAUCCAUCUAGCGGCAAUGACGCGAGACCGUCUUCUUACCCAGCCGCUAAGCGCCUCGGAAAUCCAGCUACACCUUCAAAAAGCUCGCCUCCGCCAUCAAAUAACAUAGCUUCACGUCAAUAUGACCGUCGAGCUUGGAAGGAUGAGAAUCAAAAAUACGCAAAUUUGGGCCGUGAGUUAAAACAUGCUGCGGAACGACACACAGCCAAAGAUCACGUUACUGCCGUUGAUGAAAAACUCGCGGCCGCCACAGCAAUUGAGGCUAUUCUUUGCUUCAUUUUAGCAUUUGUUGCUGAUGAUCAAUUUAAAGCGCUAUCUCGCCAAGCUGCAGACUCGUCUUCUUGGCUAUCCAUCCUCGCAUAUUGGCGUGUGGUACGAAAGAACAGUGCUCUCUAUCCGCGACUACAUAGUCUCUGUUCGAUCCUCGGUGCUAUCUCAUAUGAUGCUAUUCACGCGCUUGACCUUGAACGACUUGCUGCCACGCCCCUGCCCGGGGAGAACACACCUGUGCCCACUCCAGCAAGUGAUGGAGAUACCACUGCAUCGGAAGAACAUAAAAAGAACCGAAGAGAGCUUCUUGAGCUGAAGAGCCGGCUGCCGGAAUGCUACAAGGAAUCUCAGAGAUUAUGGCUUGAAGGCUCACGCGGUCUUUCUGAAGACGUUCUUGCUCGCGAAUUCCCGAACACGUGGUCUAAGCGAUCCAGGAAUUUCUCGGAAUUGGGGAAGCACCGCCUAAAAGCUGGCGAUUAUUCUGGCGAGUUCUUCUUGCCAGUUGGUCGGAUCAAUACCCCUCUAGAGAUAAUUCGGUUCAGUCAUGCAUUUCUGAGUGAGUGGUGCGUGAAGGAGGGUGUGCGAUGGACUAGCCGACUUGGAGCUAUAAUGUGA